AUAUUUUUCAGGCAGAAUGUACAGUACAGUCAUUAUUCUAAAUAAAUCUCAUUCUGAGAAUCUCAUCACAUUAUUAAACGCUUUGAAAUCAAUAACAUUAUUAAGGAAAUAAAAGGUAUUUAGUUCUAACUUUAAUAGUGUCAGCAUUUGAAAACAGGGAGCAGAAAAUCUUCUGCUGUAAUUAAUGUUCUCAAAACAUUAUUAUUAGAUUCAACAUCGAAAAAAUGACCAUUCCUCAAAGCUACAGGAACAGCUGGAGAACAGCUGUAACAACUAAAGAACAUUGUCUAAGUUAUUACGAGAACUUCAAAUCUCGCGAUAUCAUGAACGCGCACGUUGAAUUGUGGAGCCAAACUUGAAAUCUCGCGAUAACAGGAAAGCGUAUAUUAAUGUCUCUAAACUGAACUGGUAAUCUCGCGAUAACACAACACUACCCCCCCCCCCCUUUAACCCGAAGGCCGGCUGUCGUAAUCUCGCGAUAACACGGCCCGUUCUCGCAGCCAAUCCGGGAAGUGCGGCGGAUGUUGAUUUUUUGCUCCGUGUGUUUUUUUGUUCCGCCAGAAAAAUCUCCUUUUCUCCGGCGCUCCAUGAAGCCACAGCUUUGGAUACGAGACUUGUGAGUGUUGCGUUAGGGAAGCUGAGUCCCGCCCGGGGAGCGGGAGGCCGAGGAGGCCAUGAUGGAGGACUUUGAUGAGAUUUAUGAGGAGGAGGAGGAAGAGGAGGAGGAUGAAGGCCGGGCGGCGGAGGAGCAGCUGCUUAAAUUCGGCCCGGAGCCGGUGCUGGUGCGGGGAGCAGGCCGAGCCACUGUGUUCGGACUCAGCAAUAAAUUCGAGACGGAGUUUCCUUCUGCACUCACGGGAAAGGUGGCACCGGAGGAGUUUAAAGCCAGUAUCAGUCGAGUGAACGGCUGUCUGAGGAAGACGCUGCCGGUGAACGUGCGCUGGCUGCUGUGUGGGUGUUUGUGCUGCUGCUGCACGCUGGGGCUCAGCCUGUGGCCCGUCAUCUGCCUCAGCAAACGCACACGCAGAUCCAUAGAGAAAUUACUGGAGUGGGAGAACAACCGCCUUUAUCACAAGCUGUGUUUGCACUGGAAGCUGAGUAAGAGGAAGUGUGAAACCAACAACAUGAUGGAAUAUGUUAUCUUAAUAGAGUUUCUUCCCAAGAUUCCCAUCUUCAGGCCGGAUUAGCAGCCGCUCACGCUGUGCUCUGCCUAAGUGCUGUUUACACCCCUGUGUAAUUACCACCCACCCACUCGACUCCCCCCACAAACCCCCCACCCGCUACGUUCAGAGCCAACGGAGAGAACACUGUGGUCCAACAGCACAAGGCUCUACGUCUUCAGACGUCUAGACAACAGGACGGAUGAUCGAGGGGUUCCCAUGGCAACGGAUCAUCGACAAAACGAAAAUGACGCCCGCCCUCAUCACUGUGCAAACAUCAUCGGCUAAUUAAACGUGUAAAGGGACGGAGCUACUGUUUAAUCGGCCAAUCAGAAAACAGGACUGUGUGACAUCACUACGGUAUAAUCACUCGCCUGAGGUACUUUCUCAGGGAGCUUGUGUUUGCGCUAGCUGCUGCUUGCGUGUUAGGUGAUAAUGUAAGCAAAGCUGUCUGGAUGUACUGCGGUAGCUUAGCUAACUAGCAUGGCUGCGAUCGCUCAACUAAAUUCAUGCUAACACUUCUUUUUGCUAUGUGAAAACGCCCAUUGUCCUCCAAAAUACCUAGCUAGGCACAGGUAUCCGCUAGGUAUGUUUUCAUGCUAGCAAGCCAUCCCAUAAUGAGAUUUUUUUCCUCAUAAACAGUUCACCAGGACACUGAUAUUUCAAAAUAAAAAAGUGGCCCCAAUGCUACGACCUAGCAAGAUUAAAACUAGCAUUUUAUGCUAACCGGGAAGUAACGUCACACGGUCGAGUUCGCGAUCUGACCCGAAGACACUCCACAGCGUACGCCAAUCCUCCAUUUUCCCUCCAUCAGCAAACCCAAAAGAGACAAUCACACGCCGGCUGCUAAUCCGGGACUGAUGAAGUGUACUGAAAAGAGUGAGACUUUUCCGGAAGGUUCAGGAGGCAGCCGGAUUCCUUACGCAGCACAGGACGGAUUAUUAUAUUAUUCAUUUUUAUUUAAAAAAUGCUUGUGAAAGGUUUAUAAAAACCCCAAAACCAUCCACUGAUAGGGGAGGUGAGGAGGAAACUAGGCUGUGUCUCAAAUCACCUGCAGGGUUUUAUUUUAGACAUUGCUAGCAUGCUAACCUGUGACACAACCCGGUUAGCCACCUAACUUCACGAAUCUCAUGUAUGGACUCGUGUACAUUGAGAAGACACUGUAUUGUUUCAGCACCAGGCGUGCACUGUGUGUGAUUUGAGACACAGCCCCGUAUCUUGCUAACUGCUAGUACAUUUAGUAACGUUAUUAAAUUAGGUUUUUUUUCCCCAUUAAAAAAAAUUUCACAAACAGUUGUGAGACAAAGACAGUUUUUGGUAUAACCUGAGGAAAAAAUUCACACAUUUUACCUCAGAAAACCGAAUAUUACAUCCAGCAUUGCUAACUAGCAUAGCAUGUCUUAAUUUUACACAUUUCUGUCAGAAACAUGGCAACAUUUCACACAAAAACGUCUUUGGGGAACAUAUAAACCAUCCAGAUCAUGACUUUAAAACGUUUUGGUUUUUAGAUCCUGCUAGCCAUGACCGAUUAUGCUAACAAGUCACAAAAUGCUAGCUAGCAGGACACCUAGCUAAUUUGUUUCACUUUUAUUUGAUUCUAAUGUACUGUUUUAUUUAGCAAUGCAGCUAAUUGUGAUCGCACGUCACAGAUACGGCGUCGUUUCUCCUCCCGUGGGAAGAGUUUGAGUCAUUGAGCUCACACAAGCCUUUAGUUUUAUUUUUUUACGUUUUUUAGCUUUGUUUACCUGCUCGCUUCAAAGAGCAACUAAAGUUCAACUCCUUAGUGUGUGUGUGUGUGUGUGUGUGUGUGUGUGAGGAAAAAACAAUCAAUUUAACUGCUGUGGUAAAGAAAAAACUCAAUAAAAUGCCUCUUUUAGGUCAGAGUUCAAUGUCUGAUCGUAUUAAAAGAGAAAUUUGGACAAAAAAACAUCUGAGCCUUUAUAACUAAAUGUAGUAGUUUAGCGCUGAGGCUAUGAUGCUAAUUCAGCUAAUACUUGAUCAAAGAUUUAAACAUCACCUGAAAAGUGUUUUAUGGUGUUGGAGACCUGCAUGUUCUUUUUUUUCUAUGGAACAAACUCUUUAAUGUAACGAUCUGAACAUUUCCUUUGACCAAACUAAUCUAUAAAUGUUCUACAGACUUUAUUUACAUUAUAAAAUCCUCCCUCAGCAUGAAGAACAGCUUCACACACACUCAAUCCCGACAGUUCGUUCCUCUAAUCGUUUAGCUGAAAUACUUGUCUCUUGGAAAACUCUCCAGAGAUGUUCUUCACUAGUUGGAGAUGUUUCUUGUUCAUCUCGGAGCAGUUCAGUAGGAUUUAGGUGCGGUGACUGAGCAGGUGGUUCCAUGAUAGAUAUCACUCCAGACGUCUGUUUACUCUCUAAAUGACACUCACAGAACUUCAUAUGAUCGUCUUGUUGUACGGUGAAGUCGGUUUCAAUGAGCUGCAGUCCAGACGGAACUGCAUGGUGUUGACGUGUGGAAUGGGAGCCAUGUAGGUUCACUUUCAGUUUCUGGAACCUUCCCUGCUCCAAAACAAUCUCAAACCAUGAAAGUUCUACCUCCAUGUGUGAGGGUGAGGGAGUCUGAUCACAUCAUCUCUCCUGUUCUCCAUCUUACACAAGUUCUUCUGAUAGACACACAAACACCACAUUUGGACUCCACACAACUUUUCAACUCAGUUACUUCUAUUCAAUCACUGUGUUUUUGCCUUUUGUUGAGUUUGUUGUAUAGAAACAGAAGAAAACAUGCACGUUGGCAUGGUGUAGAUUUGAGCGUUCAGACGGAUUUGGAAAUCAGGAUUAUAAACCUACAAUCAGAAAAAAAAACGACUACACUUUUGCCCAGCGGGUUUAAACUGUGUGUGUAUGAGUGUUCGAUGUUUUGUUUUGUUUGUUUUUUUUUGACCAUGUCUUUAUAUUCACACCUUCUUAUUAUUCUUUUGUUUGUUUAAAGAAUAUUUAAAUACUGUGGAAUAAAGUACAAAUACACCUG